GCUGGCGGCGCGCGGGGUUGACUUUGUUUGAUUUUAACGGAUUUUUUUUUCCGCCUCUGCGCUCGGCCUGGGCUUCUCCCCUACCUCAGCUCGAGUCCCGGAAAGACAUCAGCGCUGCCGGCACUCUCACCCCGUACCGAGUACGGGGCUCAGACAGAGUGAGCUCUUUUUGAAAUGUCAAACGGCCAAUCUUGCUACAGUAACGGUUACCAAGCAGAUCUUGAGCUCAUGGCUGAGGAAUGCAAGGAUCACGGGGAUGACAAUAUCAGAACCAACUUAAUUGUCAACUACCUGCCUCAGAACAUGACACAGGAUGAGCUACGAAGCCUUUUCGGUAGUAUAGGCGAGGUGGAAUCUGCCAAACUCAUCCGUGACAAGGUUGCAGGCCACAGCCUCGGAUAUGGGUUUGUGAAUUAUGUGGCUGCCAAAGAUGCAGAACGAGCUAUUAACACACUUAAUGGUCUGAGGCUGCAAUCAAAAACUAUAAAGGUUUCGUAUGCCCGGCCGAGCUCGGACAGCAUUAAGGAUGCAAACCUGUACGUGAGUGGUCUGCCAAAGACAAUGACUCAAAAGGAUUUGGAGCAACUUUUUGGACGAUAUGGUCGCAUCAUCACGUCUCGUGUUCUAGUUGACCAAGUCACAGGUAUGUCCAGGGGAGUGGCUUUUAUUCGCUUUGACCGGAAAUCUGAAGCAGAUGAAGCUAUUAACAAUCUGAAUGGGCACAAACCACCUGGUGCUGUUGAACCAAUUACAGUAAAACUUGCAGCCAAUCCCAACCAGAAAACAAAUGCAUCCCUGCUGGCACAGCUGUAUCAUUCACCAGCGAGGCGUUUUCCAGGACCGUUGCACCAUCAGGCACAGAGAUUCAGGUUUUCGCCGAUGAGUGUUGACAAUAUGAGUAGUUUGUCAGGUGUGAACGUUGGUGGUCACAAUCCAUCUGGCUGGUGCAUCUUCAUCUACAACCUGGGUCAAGACGCAGAUGAGGGAAUCCUGUGGCAGAUGUUUGGCCCAUUCGGAGCCGUGACUAAUGUCAAAGUUAUACGUGAUUUCAACACCAACAAAUGCAAAGGGUUUGGCUUUGUAACCAUGACAAACUAUGAGGAGGCUGCCAUGGCCAUCGCUAGCCUGAAUGGCUAUCGCCUCGGAGACAAAAUUCUCCAGGUCUCCUUUAAAACCAGCAAGUCACACAAGGUGUAAUUUAAAGCUUGUGUUCAUUUGUAAGCAUUUGAUUAGAAAUACACUGCUGAAAGGUAAAUAAGUCCACUAGUGUAAAGCAACUCUUAUUGUUGUGACAGACGUGUUUUGUCUACCAUUCUAGAAGAAAAAGUGAAAAGGAUUUUUUAUAUUAGUACUCUGGGAUGCAACUAAUAUGAAAUGUUCAAAUGUUUGAUACAUUUCCUUCCAUAGUCCCCUCCUUUCUUCCUAAGCACCCAAAAAAGGAGGGCAAAAUACUGAACUACAUUGUAGGUCUAUGGAUUUAAAAUAAUACUCUUUAAAUUGCAAUAUUCAUUCCAUUUUAAUAUAAUCAGUUGACUAGCAACCAGCUCUUGGUUGAUUCCUGCUUGCAUUGGAAAAGCAAUUUCAUAAAUGCGCUACUUGCUCUCACAGGUUUAAUGCAUUAGUAAACAUUUUUGAAUUAAAAUGAUGAUUUGUGCCUGUAAGAUUAAUAUGUUGCAUAUUAAGUUCAUCCAGACCUCAGAACCAUGGCUGUAAUAUGUUUUCUGUAGAUAAGUAUAAAUGGCACCUCUGUGCCUUUCUUAUCAUGAAAUGUGGAGGUAGGUGCAAAACAGUUCAAUUUUAAUUCCUGACAUGGGUAUAACAGUGAGUCAUGUUAAUAAGAUUUAGAGUGUCAGUACAAAAAUUGAGCAGGUUUACUUGUACAUUUGCCAAAUUUUUGGGUGAAAGGAGCAUCUUGGUUGGGAAGUGUAGUGUAGAAUUACUCUGCUUGUAAUAUUAUCUUGGGAGGUUUAAACCUUUGAACAUUUGUAAGUUUGUUGCACCCCACCUAGUGAACUCCAUUUCUUUUUUUAAAAAAAGUUUUUGUUUUUUUUGCAUAAUUGACAUGCUAAGUUGGGAUAAUGCAUCAGAAUAGAAAGUACUUAAAUGUUUUUCUCAUGCAGGUUAGCUGUCAACACAAAGCUUUGUUAAAAUAGAUUUAAAGAAGACUAAUCUAAAAGUUUUUACAACUGCCUUUGAAAUUAGUUAAUGUUCUGUUAUAUAAUUUCUUUUCAUUUUGUUUCCUUUGUUUUGUUUGACUAUUGAUUUUACUUUUGCAUUUAUGAUCAUUAAAUUUGUUUUGUUUUGCUCCAA